UUAUCUCCCUUCACUGCAACUUCUUCUCCAUAAAAACACUUUUUUAGAGAGAGGAGAAAAAAAAAAAGGCUUUCAGUAAAUUGAGAGAGAUGGGGAACUGCCAAGCCAUUGAUAAUGCUACUUUGCUUAUACAACACCCAAGCGGUAGAGUUGACAAACUUUAUUGGCCUGUCACUGCUAACGAAAUCAUGAAGAUGAAUCCCGGUCAUUAUGUUGCUCUUCUUCUUACCACCACCACCUUGUGUCCGCCCACUAAUCCUUCCUCCGCCACCGCUUCCACCGCCAAAAAAAUUAACAGUGCCACGACUAAUAACGGUGGAACUAAUAAUAUGCCAGUUCGUAUAACGCGUAUUAAGCUUCUCAAGCCAACGGAUACGCUUGUUCUGGGUCAUGUUUACAGACUAAUUACUACUCAAGAGGUGAUGAAAGGAUUAUGGGCUAAGAAGUAUUCGAAGAUGAAGCAACAGCAAUUAGAAUCCGGUGACAAGAGUAGUGAGAAAUCAACGAAUUCACACUCUAAAAAUGGAGUUGUUAGAAGAUCUGAUUUGGAUAACUCCAAACAGGUGAAACAAGAAAAGCAUAGGAGUUCAACAGGUGCAAAACCAAGAACAUGGCAUCCCAAACUCCACAGCAUAUCAGAGGCUACAAGCUGAGAUGAAUUUGAUUUGUGUUAUGAGAUUGUGGAGUAGAGGAAGGACAAAAUCACUUCCACCAGGAAAACAAACAACAGAUGGGUAGUUUUUCCUCAUCAAAUUAGAGUUAAUUAAUGACAUGUACAGCAAAUAUGAGGAAGUAAAAGAAAAAAAACAAAAAAACUCACAUCAUGGCUCAACUUUUGUAAUCAUUUGGAAGGCCUUCUUUAAUUGAAAAUCAUUGUGGGCUUUGUUAGGA